AUGGAGCCGGCCGCCGAUGGCAACGACGUGCACGGGAAGAGACGGGACGGAGGGCAGCAUGCGCCGGUGGUGUCGCUCCGGGCGUUGGGCCUGGCGGACGCGGACGCCUUCAUGGCGUGGGCGUCGGACCGCGAAAUGCGGCACCUGAAGCAGCCGCUCUGCGCCACCCGAGAGCAGGCCAUGGCACAUAUUAGGGACACCGUGCUGGGCCACCCAUGGUUCCGCGCCGUCUGCGUCAGUGACUCGCCCGUGGGGCAGGUGUCCGUGUGGCCGUACGCCGACGAGGGCGGUCGCAGGGCCAACCUCGGCUACGCCCUCGCGCACGACCAGUGGGGCUGGGGCAUCGCCGUCGCCGCCGUCAGGAUGGUGGUGGGCAGGGUGUUCGACGACCUGCCGGGGCUGGAACGGCUGGAGGCGGUGACGGACGUGGUGAACGUGCGGUCGCAGAGAGUACUGGAGAAGGUCGGCUUCCACAGGGAGGGGUGCUGCGCCGGUACAUCGCCGGACGCCGCGGCAGCGGGGCCAGAGAUGCGGUGA